GACUAAAUAGCUUUUAGCUAAUUAGCUAGUUAGCUUCUGGAGGUUCUUGAAUGUGUUCAAAAAUUUUAAAAAAAUAAUAAUAAUAGCGAUACCGUAUCACAUUGGGUGAAGCAGGUUACCGGAACAAAGAGUGUUACCUCUUUACUAUUAAAGUGUAUUGCUCUCUGUUUAUGACUGAUAAUAGGACGUAACACAGGGAUGAGGAGAAAACAAUCAUUUGGAUCCUACACAACACGUUGUUGUACCUAAAUAAUUCCACAAGAGGGCGACAUAUAAACAUUUCUUAAAACCAAAUAACCUCUACUGCCUUCAGUCCAUGACGUCCCCGAUUAACUAAAAGUCUGCGUCUGCAAAAAUGCUCUUUUAUCAUAACUCGACAUGAGAGUAGCAAAGCCAAAACAGUCAAUGACAUGCUUUUCGGGAUAUACAAUUAGCUAUGGUGGAAGAAAAGGUAAGUGAAAUAUAGGGGAAGGUAGAACAUGUUUUACAGUAAGUUUAAAGUUGUUAUCACCAAUUUAGCUCUGAUAGGCCUUCUGCAAUCCAAGCUUUUGGGAUCGUACUCAAGGCUACUUGGUUUAGGCCUGGCUAUAGCCUAGGGAUACAGUCCAAUAAUAUCUCCCUUCUCCUGAAGUGUACACUCUCGUUCGCUUCUUCCUACAAAUCUAAAAUCAUUGGAUUGGUGGAGGCAUGGGCUAGAGAGGAAUAUGCUACCAAAUAGCACCUUAUUCCCUAAUGUAGGCCUACUUUUAAGGAAUGCACUAUAAGGAAUAGAUCAAUGAACUGGCUCACUAAAUGGGGUACCGAAAUACAUCCAAAAGAGGUCGACACGAAAUUAGACUAGGUUUAUUUCUGUUUUGACCUACUGAGUCGCAGUGCUUAGUGAACAGAUUUCAAUGUGGGCCUAGCUGUAUCGAAAACGGUUGAUGGGGAAAGUGUGUAAUCUGAUCAAUAUAUUUCCCCCCCAAUAUUAAUGAGAGAAUGGGAAUGUGCAUAAAGGUCUAACAUUCCAUGACGUGGUAUGAAGUUCUUAAUUCGUCAGUGGCUGCAAUAUUGUCCUCAGUAAACUCAACAUGAGUGAAAACAACACAGACAAGGACAAGUUUUUCGAGAUAUAAAAAAUACUGUAUGCUAUUAUGGAUGAAGAAAAGGUAGGUUAAAUGACACUAAAUAUUUGGGAAUGUAACUAAGGAAAACGUCAUUUAAGAUAACAUAGGCUAUUGCAAAACAAAUGUCUAAUUCUCUCUAUUAAGUCAAUCACCAGUUUAGCUCUGAUAUGGCUGUAGUUCUAUGAUGUCCUUUGCAAGAAUCUAAUCUGACAUUGACAUGAAAUUCCUAUGUCCUUCAGGUAGUACAGAGAGAUGAUGAUGAUCCCCCGAGGGAGGGGAGGGAGGUUGUUGAGGAAGAACCAGUGGCCCAGCUCAAGAAGGAGCCCAAGAAGACAGGAAAGGUGAAGAGGAAAAGUAGUGCCAAGAAGUCAGGGGAGCAGGGCACUGAUACGGAUGCAGGAUUGAGGAAUAAACACCCGGACAGAGGAUCUGUUAUUGAGCUCUUGGAGAAGAAUGCUUUUAAGGCUGCAUUCGGCCCAGGCAACAAAGAUGAGAUGGAGGACUGCUACCCAAUCCUCAUCUCAUUCAUGCGCAAUCUUACUGAUGAGCAAUGGCAAGUGAUCUAUAAAGGAUUUAAAAAACCUAUGACAAAGGAACAGCUUGCAAAAUUGUGCAAGACCAUUGUCAACUUCAUUGCACAGACCACCCUGCAGAUCCUGCUGCCGGCCCUGGCCCGCAUUCUAGGGGUGACGGGCUUUUAUGACAACGCUGACUCACUCAAGAGGGGUGGCAGUGCAAGAUCCUUCACUGCCUUUGAGCAGAAAAGACUGGAGCUCAUCCAGGAAGUUAAAUAUUUGGCGAAGUAACUGUGGCGGCAGGGCUCUCCGACCAAGGUCUAGCACACCCUCUUCCAAGAGUUCCCAGACCUCACUGAAAGUCCACCUGGGAAUGCCAGAGGACAGUAUCAUCAGCAGUGUCCAGGAGCAACUGUCAAAAUCUGACCAAAUGGUGGCUGCAGGACAGCUUUCACAAAUAGAUAAAGUGGUUGGAACUAUGCUGGAGAACAUUGAGAAGAUAAGCAGCGAAUGUGGCGAGGAAUUGGUCUAUCAAGAGUCACUGCGGUCUUCCUCCUCGUUGUCAUUCUCAACUGCCAAAUCACAGAAGACAGAGUGGGAAUUUGCACUCCCUGGCACUCCCAUUCCUUCUGAGUUACCCGAGAGUACUGCUCAGCCCAUUGUAAGAUGUUCAGUCAUUGACAUGAGCGAAUCUACUAAGCCAAAAACAAUGGUGUGUGAUGCCAGAACAAGCAUGUUUGCCAUAGCCGAUACCGUCAUGAAGAAGGUAUAUCCAGAGGCAGAAGGGCAGGUUACAUCUCACCCUGAUCUAACAGAUGCAAUAGCUAGACUGGAUGAGCUCAUAUAUCAGGGUAGGAUUGGUGCCCUCUCCUGUGAUCUCAGUCACCAAGUCACCCGCAUAAUUUCUGAUAGCAACUUGACCCCUCUGGGACUGACAGUGGCGGCUGGAAAGAGUGCAUCUGAUAUCAUCCUUUCGAAGCUGAAGAGGAAUGACAAGGUGGGGAAGCCCACAACUUACGAGCUGGUUCAGCUGUUUGUAGAGGAGUCUGUUAAGUGCCUCCUGCUUCCUAGUUUUGUGCCCUAUUCAACUUCAAUGAGUUUGGCUCAGGGGGCCACGGUGUUGGCUACAGUGUCUGAAGAUAGAAUUUCUAGCUCUUCUUCUUCAUCAGUUUUUAGUGACAGUCAGUCUCUUUACCAAAGUUAUGGUAAGCCAGGUCAUGUACUCUGUGGAUUCUGAUGCAGAAAGUAGAGGAUCCUCUCCAACGGAAUCUCUCCAAACAUCUGAAACCACUAUAUCUGAUGUAGGCAAUCUAUUGAGUGUCAAGUCCUCCCCUCGGCUGUCUCCUUCUGGCGCCAUUAUGGCAACAAGCGAGACCUCCAAUGCAGCACAAAUCUUGAAGGCCAACAUUGAUGGAGAGGAAGUGGAUACCACCAGUCAUUCUGGUGUAGCUCAAAACAUUCUCAGGGACGAUAUGUCAACCAGCCCAGACAUGGUCAAAGAUGUCACACUUUCAACCCCAUCCUCUGAUAACUUGUUAUGAUCUGGCGCCGACAGAGAUGGCCGCCUCGCUUCGCGUUCCUAGGAAACUAUGCAGUUUUUUGUUUUUUUACGUGUUAUUUCUUACACUAGUACCCCAGGUCAUCUUAGGUUUCAUUACAUACA